AUGCCGCCAGAACCAUUGCCUUGGGAUCGGAAAGACUUCUUCAAGGAGAGGAAGCACGAGAGGUCGGAGUCCCUUGGCUCUGUGGCACGAUGGAGGGACUCGCCCCAUCAUGCACCUCGCGACUUCAAUCGUUGGCCUUCGGCCGAUAUUCGCAGACCACCAGGUCAUGGUAAGCAGGGUGGUUGGCACCUAUUUUCCGAGGAUUCUGGUCAUGGCUAUGCAUCUUCUCGGUCUGGUGAUAAGAUGCUGGAAGAUGAGAGCUGCCGACCAUCAUUUUCGCGUGGAGAUGGAAGGUAUGGUAGGAACAGCAGGGAUAACAGAGGGUCUUACAGCCAGAGGGAAUGUAAAGGUCAUUCUUGGGAAACCAGCAGUGGGUCUCCAAACACACCAGGCAGGCCAAAUGACGUGAUUAAUGAACAAAGGACGCAGGAUGAUAUGCUGACAUACUCAUCUCAUCCGCAUUCUGACUUUGGAAGCACAUGGGAUCAGAUUCAAUUGAAAGACCAGCUUGACAGGAUGGGUGGUUCUACUGGUCUAGGUGCUGGCCAGAAAUGUGAGAGAGAGAACUCGUUGGGCUCCAUUGAUUGGAAGCCCCUUAAAUGGACGCGGUCUGGAAGCAUGUCUUCUCGGGGUUCAGGUUUCAGCCAUUCAAGUAGCUCAAAGAGCAUUGGGGCCAUUGAUUUCAAUGAAGCAAAGGUUGAGUCACAGCAGAAAAAUGCCACUCCGGUGCAGUCUCCUUCAGGAGAAGCUACUACCUGUGUGACAUCUGCUGCCCCAUCAGAGGAAACGACUUCUAGGAAGAAGCCGCGCCUUGGAUGGGGUGAGGGAUUGGCAAAGUAUGAGAAAAAGAAAGUCGAGGUCCCUGAUGGAAGCAUGAACAAAGAUGGGGCUGUUUGUUCUGUUGGUAAUAUGGAGCCGGUCCAUUCUCUGAGUUCAAAUUUGGCUGAUAAAAGCCCUAGAGUUACAGUUUUCUCAGAUUGUGCAUCUCCUGCAACUCCAUCCUCUGUAGCUUGCAGUUCCUCUCCAGGUGUGGAGGAGAAAUCAUUUGGCAAGACAGCAAAUGUUGACAACAAUAAUAGAAACUUUUGUGGUUCCCCUGGUCCUAUGUUUCAGAGUCAUCAUGAGGGAUUCACAUUCAAUUUGGAAAAGUUGGAUUGCAAUUCUAUAGCUAAUUUGGGCUCGUCACUACGGGAAUUGCUUCAAUCUGAUGACCCAAGUUCAGUGGAUUCUGGUAUUGUGAGGCCUACUGCAAUGAACAAGUUACUUAUAUGGAAAGGUGAAAUUUCGAAGGUGUUGGAAGUGACCGAGUCAGAAAUUGAUUCACUUGAAAACGAGCUUAAAGUGUUGAACUCUGAUUCUGGGGGCAGCUGUCCACGUCCAGCAACUUCUAGUUCUUUGCCUGUGGAGGACAAUGAUAAAUCUUUCAAAGAACAGGUUACUGUCACAAAUUUGAUCACUCGGCCUGCUCCAUUGCAAAUUCAUUCUUCUGGGGACACUGAUGCGGAGAAGAUGUGUCUUGGUAAUGGUGACCAGGUAGAAUUUUGUGGUAUUGUUAAGGAUGAGGAUAUUGAUAGUCCUGGAACAGCGACGUCAAAAUUUGUUGAACCAUUACCUUUGGUAAAGGUGGUUUCUUCAUCAGAUGUGAUGAGUCACAAUGAUUGUUCUGGGGAUUUGGAUCCAAUUGAAACGACCAAAGGGGAAGCAAAAUGCCUAUUGCCAGGAAAGUAUGAAGAAAAGACUGACCUGUCUCCUUGUGGAAAUAGUAGCAUGCUUUUGGGUAGUGAGAUAGUUGCACCUGUUUCUGGUGGUUCAGGUCUUUGUUUUAGUGUAGUUGAUACGAUAUGCGAUUCUAUAUGUUCUUCCAAUAAAGAAUCUGCAAAUAGAUCUUUUGACGUAUUUAAUAAGCUGUUACCAAGAGAGCACUACAAGGUUGAUAUAUCUGGAGUUAGUAUUUCCUCAUCCGGGAAGAAUGAUUCGUUGAUCAAAGAGAAGUUCGCCAUGAGGAAGCGGCGUUUAAGGUUUAUGGAGAGAGUCUUAACCUUAAAAUAUAAAGCCUUUCAACACCUGUGGAAGGAAGACUUGCGUUUGCUUUCCAUACGAAAAUAUCGUCCGAAGUCUCACAAAAAAAUUGAAUUAAGCUUGCGAGCAACAAAUAAUGGGUAUCAGAAGCAUCGCUCUUCUAUUCGAUCUCGUUUUUCUACACCUGCAGGAAAUCUGAGCUUGGUCCCGACUACAGAGAUCAUUAAUUUUACCAACAAGUUGCUGUCAGAUUCCCAAGUCAAGCGUUAUAGGAACUCAUUGAAGAUGCCAGCCUUAAUCUUGGACAAGAAGGAGAAGAUGGUGACGAGGUUUAUUUCUAGUAAUGGCUUAGUUGAAGAUCCCUGUGUUGUUGAGAAGGAAAGGGCAUUGAUGAACCCAUGGACGCCAGAAGAGAAAGAGCUGUUCAUUGAAAAGCUUACCACAUGCGGGAAGGAUUUCAGAAAAAUUGCUUCUUUUCUUGAUCAUAAGACGACUGCUGACUGUGUUGAGUUCUACUACAAACAUCACAAAUCUGUUUGUUUUGAGAAAACAAAGAAGAAGGCUGAUAUGACUAAGCAAGGAAAGUCUUCAGCUAAGACCUACCUAAUUUCAAAUGGGAAAAAAAUGGAAUCGUGA